AAGCAACAACCUCCUAGCCUAAAUUCCUAGAAAACCGUCCCACCAUGGCAACAAAGACAUACGACGCGUCUAACCUCAAAACAUACGGCAGCGCAGCCGCGGGACACGACGGCGUUCUCAGCGACGAAUCAGGCGGUGUAGUGGUAAAACCAUGCACGGCUGCCGAAAUCACCUUCUACGAGUCCCUCAGCGCACACCCCGAUCUCGCGCGCCACCUCCCCACGUACAUGGGCCAGCUGUCUCUCUCGGCUGACCAGGCCGCAGCAACAGAAAGCGUUGAGAGCGGGACCAUACAAACCGCCGACGGCACCAUUGAGCGAUUGCACGGCAAAAAGCUCGCCACGGACCUACACAUCGUACUUGAGAACAUCACACACGGAUUCAAGAAGCCGAAUGUGCUAGAUCUAAAACUCGGCGCGCAGUUGUGGGACGAGGCUGCGAAACCGGAGAAGAGAGCGCGACUAGAUGCUGUGAGUAAGGAGACGACGAGUGGCAGUCUAGGCUUCAGGAUAGCUGGCAUGCGCACGUACAAGGGCGCUGAGGUACCAGAUGUUCCCGAUGAGCUGAAAGAGUUUGUCGAGGCAGAUAAGCAGGAGGGAUACUGGGUAUACAACAAGAUGUACGGACGCAAGUUCAACACCGAAGACAUCAACGAGGGCUUCAAGGACUACAUCUUCCCCGGCACCCAGUCAGAAGCGGAGCUCGAUAGGGCGAGGGAGGUGCUCGCCUACUUCCUGGGUGAGGUAAAAGAUAUCCAAGAAGUCUUUGAGAGCAAAGAGAGCAGAAUGUACAGCGCAAGUAUACUCCUCGUUUACGAGGGCGACGUGGAAGAAUAUGCAAACACGAAGCAAAAGCUACGAUCUGCGCACCCUGUGGACGAGGAUGAGGAUGACGAGGAGACGCUGCCUAAGCUGGCUGAAGUCAAGAUGAUUGAUUUCGCUCACGCUACGUGGACUCCAGGACAGGGGCCCGACGAAAAUGCGCUCCAGGGUAUGAGGAGUACGGCCAAGAUAUUGAAGGAUUUGCUGGACAAAGCCCACAAGGACUAGAGCUUGGGGCUACGUUGUUGUGCGAUUUGUACAGUAUAGACGGAGUAUACCCUAGAUAUCAUUACACGGAUUGAAGAUAGCCCACUUUCCACAACACAACCACCAUCCAACCAUUUCA